AUGCCUCGCUCUUUUCUGGUAAAAAAGUGCGGAAAAAAGACUGGCUACAGUAACUCUGUUACGCUGACAGUUCCCACCGUGAUGGUGCCGUCCCGACAUGAAUCACCGAUAGAUGACAACCCGCCAGCGUCGCAAACGGUGACACCUGCACCAGCAGCCAUCAAUAGCAGCGACAUAUUCCGGGGAAAACCAGCGGACAUAGUCACUAACAACUGGAAAACUUUAAGUCCAAGAAUCGGACCAAUCCUACUGAUACCGAAGUGCCUCUCUCCGAGCUCCGGAAGCGCAUUUACCGCCGUCACCCCGCGCAACCAGCUGGAAGAAUUCUCUAGUCAAUACGCCGAAUUUGGACACUCUGAAAAUUACGAAAAUCCGGCUGUGCCGUCCACAACUAGAAAAGAAUUGGUGAUGAGUAACGGCAAACCCGGUAUGCAGAUGGAGCUGAGUGGAGACGUACGACAGUGGCCGUGUGAGAUCUCCUCAUAUACCGUCCCAUCGCCGCCCCCGAAUGGUUUCAACAAAGCAAUGGUAGAGCUUUUAAAGGACGGUAAGCUCAGCUACACCGAUGUAUAUAGAGCACAGUUCGCGCAUGCCGAGAAACAAAUUCUGAAAACAUUGACGACCGACCAACUUUAUUGGCAGCACAGCCGCCUGUCCCCGUAUAGCGAUGAAAUGGACGAUGGGCUCGACUUCAAAGGAGAUUUUGACUCUCAAAAAAAUAUGUUGUCGCCUAUCGCCGGAUCAUUCGCUUGCGUGAGAUGCAAGAAGGUAUUCAGCACUCCUCAUGGAUUGGAAGUACACGUACGUCGGUCGCACAGCGGCAAGAGGCCGUACGCCUGUGAAGUUUGCAACAAGACCUUCGGACACUCCGUCAGUCUCAGCCAACACAAGGCCGUCCACACACAAGAGAAGAUAUUCCAAUGUAAACAGUGCGGGAAAACUUUUAAACGUUCCUCAACUUUGUCUACACAUCUUCUCAUCCAUUCCGAUACCAGACCAUAUCCAUGCGAACACUGCGGGAAGAGAUUCCACCAGAAAUCGGAUAUGAAGAAACAUACAUACAUCCAUACAGGUGAGAAGCCCCACGUAUGUUUAAAGUGCGGUAAAGCAUUCAGCCAGUCAUCCAAUCUGAUAACACACAGCCGCAAACACACCGGUUUCAAGCCCUUUGGUUGUCAAUUGUGUGGAAAGGCGUUCCAGAGAAAAGUCGACCUGAGGCGACAUCUUGAAACUCAGCAUCCGGGCACGAACAUAUUGGGUAACAUGAUCACGAACUUGAAAUGAAUCACGUGCGUGCAUACGCCGUCUACGACGAGAAUAUUAAGAGAACGAAAGCUGUGACUAUUAUUAGUAAUAAUUAUUACUAAUAGUACUGAUUGGAUCUGAAUUAAAAAUUCUGAAUCCGAUGAUUUUACCUAUGAUGCACCGCGGUUGGAACCUGGACAUUAUUUUUUCUGCAUAUAGUGUAUCGACGCAGACGACUCUGAAGCAAAUGCAACUGUCACAAUUUCUAAGUGCA